AUGGUUAUCCAGUUUAUAGAAGAUGCAACAAUGGGAAAAACAGUGUUUCUUUGGACAACAGAUAAAGUAUUGAUAAGAAGAAAAACAAAGACAGAGUCACUUGGUAGAAUUAAUCACGUGUCUCCCAAAUCUGGUGAUGUUUAUUACUUACGCAUUCUACUUAACAAAGCAAAGGGUCCUACUUGCUAUGAAGAUAUCAGGACAGUUAACAGUACCGUUUAUGAAUCUUACAAAGAUGUUUGCGAUGCUCUUGGUCUAUUAGAGAUGAUAAAGAGUAUAUAUCUUCUAUACAUGAAACACAUCAUUGGGCCAUUGCUUCAUUCUGCAGGUUGUGUCUUUUUCAUGUAUGGUUAUGGAGGAACAAGAAAAACAUUUGUUUGGAAGACAUUGUCUAUUGCUAUUAGAUCUAAAGGUGAAAUUGUUAUCAACGUUGCUUCAAGCGGAAUUGUAACACUCUUGCUCUCUGGUGGUAGGACAACGCAUUCAAGAUUUCAUCUACCAAUCAACUUGAAUGAGGAUUCGUUUUGUUCUAUUACAUUAGGUAACGAUGUAUGUGAACUGUUGAAUAAAGCUAGAUUUAUCAUAUGGGAUGAAGCCUCGAUGAUGCACUGUCAUUGUUUCGAAGCAGUUGAUAGGACACUUAGAGACGUUAUCCUUUCAUCGGUCAAGAAUAAACUGUUUGGAGGCAAGACCAUUGUAUUUGGAGGUGACUUUCGACAGAUUCUUCCAGUAAUACAAAGAGGAAAUUGUUCAAAUAUUGUUCAGGCAUCAUUGCAUUCAUCAAGAUUAUGUUAUGAAUGUACAACUUUAUGUUUGAAUGUAAACAUGAGGCUUCAAUUCGUUAGUCAAAACAAUGAUUUCGAAGAGACAAAAUCAUUUCCUGAAUGGAUUCUUAAAAUUGGUGAAGGUACUAUUGAUGAUCCUAAUGAUGGUGAAGUUGAAGUUGAUUUUUCAGAAGAUGUUAUCAACCAUCUUGAUGAUCCAUCGUAUUUUCAAAAUAAAGCUAUUUUGGUUUCUACAAAUGAAGAAGUCGAUGCUAUCAAUGGCUACAUGUUAGAAUUGAUGAAAGAUGAAGGGAAAACGUAUCCGAGUUUAGAUUCUUUAUGUGAGACUGAGACACAAAAUUCUUUUGAGGAAUCGGUAUACUCUCCAGAUAUGUUGACUGGUUUUAAGGCUUCUGGAAUUCUCAACCAUAAACUUAUACUAAAAAAAGGUGUUCUGGUCAUGUUACUUCGUUAUAUCGACCAAACCAAAGGACUAUGCAAUGGUACUAGAUUACAUAUCGUAAGGCUGGGAAGACACGUCAUUGAAGCCCGAAUCAUAUCUGUCAGAUUUUUCAAUGAGACUACUUAUAUACCUCGCAUGAAGUUAUCUCAGUCUGAUAAAAAAAAAUCAAUUUCGUUUUCAGCGGAGACAAUUCCCCAUAAAUGUUUGUUUCGCUAUGGCCAUUAA